CUGCGACAAACGCUUCAAUCAGCUGGAUGAUAAUCUGCGUUGACGACGACUGUUUUGUAAACAACUCGUAACAUUUAAAAAGUAGCAUUAAACAGUGGUCUAUUGUGUCGAAAAUGGGCAAAAAAUACUACUGUGAUUAUUGUAGGAAGCACAUACAACGGGAUCCGAGUAUUGUACGCAAACACAACGAAGGAGUGCAGCACAUACGGAACCGAGCCGAUCAUUAUGAGUCGUGUAAAGAUGUUACUGAAAUUAUGGCGGAAAACGCCCGAAAGAAACCGUGUCGAACUAUGUUCACCUCCGAGCAGUGCACUUUUGGCGCUACCUGUCGAUACAGUCACUACACACCGGAACAAUUGAACCAAUUUCGACGAAAAGCACAAAAAUCGGAUCUCCAAAGAACCAAACGUCUAGCGGAAGUGAUUGGAAAGCUCGAAUCCGCCGAAGAAAUCACCCGUAAGUUCCUGGAAAAGAGAUCGCAAGCCAAAGAGUUGCGCGAAGGCACUCAAUUUUGGACCUACACAGAGGAUCAACUGGGCCAGACUGAUCUGCCACCGUCGCUGCAGGAAAUCGAUCCAACACGAAUAGAUGCGAGUAGCUUCACGGAAUGGGGGUGAUAUGCAAUAAGUUGUACAGGAUCGUUUUUUCUAAUAAAAUAUAUUUAGACAUCUAGGAUAGAUCCAUUGUUCUCACAGGUUCAUUCGGGUAUACCAUCUCAAAUAUAUUAAAUUCGCUAUUGUUCGAAGAGUGUUCGACUUUCCGAUGUAGUACGUUGAAAUGUAGAGUUCCACAGAAUGUUUUCUUUCCGGUCAUCACAACUAGAUAUUGAUAUAAUAUAUUAUUGUACGUUAAACCACAAUCACUGUCUGCGCAGUGAUGUUGAGUGAGAUUUGCUCGGUACGGUGUGUACCGUCAAGCAUCCUCACGAAUUUAUAUUAUUCCUUUUUAAACUAUUGCAAUCCUUAUGCGUAGAUAGGUGUGCCAUUACAUGUUAAACCAUAAAUUUAAAUAAUAAAUAAUAAAAUGCACUAAUACAUGGUGAGUCUUA